AUGGCCUCCGAUUCAGUUGUUCUCCAACAAAUCCUUUCAGUCGUCCAGCAGAAUUCUUUGGACCUCGCUGCUGUCCGUCAUGAAUGCGAGCAACUGCGUCAAGCCAAUGCUCUCCUCGAAUUGAAGCUGAGCCAGAGCAACAGAAGCGGCACGCCAGGAUACAUGACACCACAACCACCGUCUAGCCCACAACUUCGAGCCAAAUCGCCAUUCCUAAAUGCUGCUAUUCCUCCCAUUGUCCAAUCGCAAGCCUACCAUCCAUCUCCACUGAGCGACAACGUACAAACACAGACGUCCUACCAGUUUGGCCAGACGAGAGAUAUUCCUGGCUUCUACGUUGUCAUUCCCGCUGGCGGGGCCGGCACUCGCUUGUGGCCUCUGUCGCGUGAAGACCACCCGAAAUUCCUACUUGAUCUCACCCUCAAAGGCCGUUCACUCAUCCAAGCCACAUGGGACCGACUACUUCCUCUUACUUCCGCUGCCCGCACAACUAUUGUCGCAGGCCCCGCCCAUGUUGGCGCGAUUCACGCACAACUGCCCGAGCUUCUCCAGGAAAACCUGUUCUGUGAACCCGGUCCAAAAGACUCGAUGGCAGCCAUCGGUCUUGCUGCUGCUGUCCUCGCCAAACGCGAUCCCAAUUCUAUUAUUGGCUCAUUUGCUGCGGAUCACAUGAUUGCUGGCGACGACGCGUUCCUCUCCGCCAUCGCGGAGGCUGUCGAAGUUGCGCGUCACAACUAUCUCGUCACAAUCGGCAUCGCGCCCUCACACCCAUCGACUGGUUUCGGUUAUAUUCGUCUGGGGGAUAAGCUCCGUCUCUCAGAGGCCCCCAACGCGCGUCUAGUAUCAAGUUUCAAGGAGAAACCUGAUGCCCGCACUGCUGCCAGCUACAUUGCAACUGGUAUUUACCGUUGGAACGCCGGCAUGUUCGUCACCAAAGCAACUUUCCUUCUUGAAUUAUUGAAGGAGUAUAACGUUGGUCUAUACGAAGGUCUCACCAAGAUUGCUGAGGUGUGGGAUGACGAGACAAAGCGCAAAGUCGUGUUGGACGAAAUUUGGCCGACUUUGGAGAAGAUUCCAAUAGACAAUGCUAUUGCAGAACCAGCAGCAUCGACGGGACGGGUUGCUGUCGUGCCCGCAACAUUUGGUUGGGAUGAUGUUGGGGACUUUUCUUCGCUCGCUGAACUGUUGCCCGCGGAAUUGCACCAGCCGCGCAUUCUUGGCGACACCAACCUCGUCCUCACUGAGCAGGUUGCGGGUGGAAUCAUUGUACCACAGUCUGGUCGGCUUAUUUCGUGUCUUGGGGUGGACGAUCUCGUCAUUGUGGAUAUGCCCGACACUUUGCUUGUCACCACUCGUGCUCGCUCGCAAGAAGUGAAACGGAUUGUGAAAAAAGCACGUGAUGCAGGGUGGGGCACUCUUCUUUAA